AUGCCAUCUUGUCGACGAUUAUCUGCUGCGUCCUCUUUGCCACAUAUUUCUCCGUCGUUUCCUUUUCAAUCCUCACCUCAUUUUCUUUAUUAUCAAGUCUUUCGCCUUCUCGUUGUAUUCUAUCUGCUACUUUUACUCGAGAAUUGGUGGCAAUCUGGUUUCGAGGAGCUUGAAAAUGAACACGAGCUCGAAUUUUAUCCGCUUGAGUUGCUGCAAGACGUGCACGAGAUCGCGGACAGUGAGCACCUGCACCUCGCAAUGUUGCACGAAGGCUGCAUGAACCACCGUGACAGUGUCAUCACGUCGGACUUUGGUCGUAAUGGAGAUGAGAUUGGCACCCGUGGUCGAUUCCAACAGGACGAUGAAAAUUUGAGAGAAAAGCUUGAAAAAUGUCCCGACGUGGAAGUUUUCUUGCCCUCACACAUACGAGGAGAUGGGUAUUGUGAAGAUGCAAUGGGUUAUGUCAAAUAUUUACAAGGACGAGCAUUACCUCAAUGGGUUUUGGAGAUCAAGUUUCUCGACAAGAAGACGAGCAAAACAUUGACGUACCAUGAUUUGUGUCCCAAGACCCCACUGAUCUUUAUGAACCACUUUUGGAACGAAAUGCCGAAUCAACCAUCAUGGCCAGAGACAAAACCUGUCUAUCUGAUGCCAAACGUCGAGAUGUACGAACUUAAAGCAGAACAUUAUUGGCGUGUAGACGUCGUGCUGUGCAAGACGGCAAUCUGUGCGAGACGAGUGAGGAUGUGGUACCAGCAGGAAGGCAACCCGAGACAUACCAAAGUGAUGUAUACGAGACACACGACGUCGGAUGCGGCGCUGUACGCCAAGCACCAACUUGGAGUAAACGAUGAGGUGUCUGCCAAGAACUUUUCAGACGUGCACUUUGUUCACACGGCUGGGAAAAGCGUGUUCAAAGGAACGAACGCAGUGUUGGACUGCUGGUUAUCCCGUCCAGAUUUUCCACCGUUGGACAUCUUUGUGGAUCAAGAGAGCUACGACAAGCUCAUGAGGAAGAUUGAUGUCGAGCAGAUUCGAGCUCAUCCAGCGCUGAAAAAGAUAACGCUGCACACUGGACGUGUGCCUGGAAGUAUAUUUGGUAGAAUGAUGAUUGAGACUGCAUUUUUACUGUGCACGAGCGUGCUGGAAGGUUAUGGCCACUACAUCAACCAAGCGCGUGCGAAUGCAGCGCUGAUUGUGACUACAGAUGCGCCGCCAAUGAACGAGUUGUUGUCACGGGAGUCGGCGAUCCUUGUCCCGCAUCCAAGCACGGACGUUGAAAAGCAGCUGCUUGGUGGUACUUUCAACGGUGAGCACGGCCUACGAGGUGUCAAGGGCAUGGCCACUUACGUGAAGGGCGACGAGAUUUGCAACGCUGUCGAGCACAUUCUAGAAAUGACACCGGAAGAGCGCCAAGCGAUGGGAAAGCGUGCAAGGAAGCAGUAUGUGCUGGAUACACAAUUCUUUGCUGUUCGGAUGCAAGAAUUGCGGGAACUGGCCCGGGCAGACGGGGUAUCGUGGUAUUGA